GAUUUCCAACUCUCCCCCCUUGUCGCCAUGUUCCUGGCAUUCCGCAGGGAGGCUGGGGGCUGCAGGGGGGAUGCAGACCCUCAGCGUGGGAAUCCCGGGGGUUUUGGUGUGCAUGGUUGCAUCAAUCCUUGGCUCCGCUUGGAUGCGUGGCAGGAGGAGACGGAUCCAGAUCCGAUAACCUUGUCCAGAGCUGUCCAAUACCACGACGGGGUUGCAGGGCCGGCAGCAUGUUCAGCCCCCAGACGGGCAUUUUUGGGGACCUCCCUGGCUCCUGCAUUUCAGGGACUGUGGUCUGAGGGAUUUCUGGCUCUCUUGUGGGAUCAAACCCCUGAUCUCAUCCAGUGCUGACUCCUGGUGUCGGCUUGGCCCCUCAAGGCUCCCUGGUUUGUACGGCCGCUCUCUGUCACGGAGCCAGCAGUGACCUUGCUCCCCAGCCCAUCCUCUUCCUCACUGUGCACCCAGCCUCUCCCUGCUCCCCCAUUCCUUCUGCUGGCCCCCGAUACCUCCUGGUCUGUGGAGUGCCGGCCCCACAUUGGGAGGUUCCAAAGGGAACUGCAAGCCUGGCUGGAGUAAAAUGACCUUGGUCACGGAUCAGCCCCUUCCAGGAGCCUCAGGAUGUCCACGGGAUGCCCAAGGAGGGGACUGGGGUCUCCCCCCAGUUGGAGGGGAGGACAUGAGUGUAUUUGCCAUUUUAUCCUGUAAAACCACCUGCCUGGCUCUGCUCAGGAAUGGGGGUCUAUGCUGUGCCGCAGCCCCCCUCCCUCCAGGGUUUCCGAAGGGCUAAAUUUAGCGUCCCUGCGUGCCCUGUCCCCUCGCUUGGGCAGGGGAGGAUAUGUCGCCGGCUGCGUCCCUCUGCCCGCAGCUCCUUCCUGCCUCGCCAGUGAUAAAAAUAGCACUUGGGGGGGUCACGACGGCCCCUGCGGGUGGAGCAGCAGCAUCGGGCUGGGGGGCUGCGGGUCCAUCCCUGUCACGAGCUCUGUGGGCUCUGUGUGGUGGGUGUGGGGGCGCUGGGCUGGGGAAGAGGGGGCGGGACUCUGGUUUGUAAGCGGAUAAGGAGACACCAGGUACCUGGAUGUCCCUCACCUACCCCAGGGCUGGGCCCCAGGAGACUCGUGGUACCCCCAGCCCCCUCUGGCCGGGUCAGCAUCUGCUGGUGCUGGCAUCUCCCGCAGCAAAUCCUGCCUGGCAGCUUCCGCAGCGAGCGUGGCUCGGCACGCGCAGGUCUCUGUCACUCAAGGGACCCCCCCCGACAAGGGAUCCUCUGAGGGAUCCUCCUGUACCAGACCUUGAACUGUCCAACUGGGGCACUGGAGGCACUGGGAGGGUUCGGGGACCUCCCUGCCCUCAGGGGCUGAUCCCCUCAUUCUCCCUGUGGUGCCCGAGGAAAUGGGGGGCUUCAGCCCGGACUUGCUGAUGGCCUUGUUUUUCCGGGAGACUCGUGGUCAUAGUGGGAUAGACUGGGGACGCUCAGGGACAGCCGUGCCCCUGGUUCCCCCCGCAGCUCCCCCUAUCCUUUGGGAUGAAUGCAGGAGGGAUGGAUCCAGGGGGACCGGGGGGUUCCAGUGAACGGUGGGAGCUAGAGUCCGCCAGGCGAGGGGAAGGGGACUGGCAUGGAGCCAGCAUCUCUCAGCCUGUUCCCCUCCAGCCCCCACUGCACCCCGUGGCGACUCGCCUGCCACUUCACCGGGGGGUCCCCAAAUCCUCCUGUUUCCAUCUGAGACAGAGAAAAGCGCAAGGUGGAACGCAGGGCCGCUACCACUCAACCUCAGCCCUGGUUGUGUCUGGGCUUCCCAGGUCCAAGUCAAGGGUCCUCCCACACCCCGUUCCACGGAUGGGUAGCGCCGUCACCCCUGUCCCCGCACCCCGGGCCUGAGGGCACAGCCCCCGACACAGAGACCCCCGGCACCCCCAGCGCCGCGUCCCAUCCCGCCGGCACCAUGGACGAAUCGUUCCGGGACCGGACCGCGUUCAUCCGCGGCGCCAAGGACAUUGCCAAGGAGGUGAAGAAGCACGCGGCCAAGAAGGUGAGCCGGGGCAUGGACCGAGUGCAGGACGAGUACACCCGGCGCUCCUACUCCCGCUUCGAGGAGGAGGAGGACGACGAAGACUACGCGCCCCAGGACGGCUACUACCGGGGGAGUGAGGGGGCCAACGAGGAGGAGGGGGUGUCCAGCGACGCCACUGAAGGCCACGACGAGGAGGAUGAAAUCUACGAGGGCGAGUACCAAGGGAUCCCCCGGCAGGAGUCGCUGAAGGGGGGGGAGCGCCUGGGAGCCGCGGCGGCCGCCGGCGCUUUUGACGACAGCGAGGGGCAGCGGAGGAAGGACCGGGAGGAGCUGGCGCAGCAGUACGAGCUCAUCCUGCAGGAAUGUGGCCACGGCCGGUUCCAGUGGACCCUCUACUUUGUCCUGGGUCUGGCCCUCAUGGCUGAUGGCGUUGAGGUCUUUGUGGUGGGCUUUGUUCUACCCAGCGCCGAGAAGGAUAUGUGCCUCUCCGACUCCAACAAGGGCAUGCUGGGACUCAUCGUGUACCUGGGCAUGAUGGUGGGCGCGUUCGUGUGGGGCGGGCUGGCCGACCGGCUGGGCCGAAGGCAGUGCCUCCUCAUCUCCCUCUCCGUCAACAGCGUCUUCGCCUUCUUCUCCUCCUUCGUCCAGGGCUAUGGCACCUUCCUCUUCUGCCGCCUGCUCUCGGGCGUGGGCAUCGGCGGCUCCAUCCCCAUCGUCUUCUCCUACUUCUCGGAGUUCCUGGCACAGGAGAAGCGCGGGGAGCACCUGAGCUGGCUCUGCAUGUUCUGGAUGAUCGGGGGCAUCUACGCUUCCGCUAUGGCCUGGGCCAUCAUCCCCCACUACGGCUGGAGCUUCCAGAUGGGCUCUGCAUACCAAUUCCACAGCUGGAGGGUCUUUGUCCUCGUCUGCGCCUUCCCCUCGGUCUUUGCCAUUGGGGCGCUCACCACAAUGCCUGAGAGCCCGCGCUUCUACCUUGAGAAUGGGAAGCACGACGAGGCCUGGAUGGUGCUGAAGCAGGUCCAUGACACCAACAUGAGGGCCAAGGGCCACCCUGAGAGGGUCUUCUCGGUCACCCACAUCAAGACCAUCAAGCGGGAGGACGAGCUCAUCGAGAUCCAGUCGGACACCGGGACAUGGUACCGGCGCUGGCUGGUGCGAUGUCUCAACCUGUCCCAGCAGGUCUGGAGCAACUUCCAGCAGUGCUUUGUGCCUGAGUACCGGCGGGUGACACUAAUGAUGAUGGCGGUGUGGUUCACCAUGUCCUUCAGCUACUAUGGGCUCACCGUGUGGUUCCCGGACAUGAUAAAGCACCUGCAGAGCAUUGAGUACGCGUCACGCACAAAGCUCUUCACGCGUGAGAAGGUUCGGCACUUUACCUUCAACUUCACCCUGGAGAACCAAGUGCACCGUGGCGGGGAGUAUUUCAAUGACAAGUUCAUCGGGCUGAAAAUGAAGUCGGUGACGUUUGAGGACUCGCUCUUUGAGGAGUGUUACUUCGAGGACAUCACUUCCAGCAACACCUUCUUCAAGAACUGCACCUUCAUCUCUACUGUCUUCUACAACACAGAUCUCUUUGAGUACAAGUUCAUCAACAGCCGGGUGCUGAACAGCACGUUCCUGCACAACAAGGAGGGCUGCCAGCUGGACUUCAGCGACGACAACAACGCCUACAUGAUCUACUUUGUCAGCUUCCUGGGCACCCUGGCUGUGCUCCCUGGAAACAUCGUCUCGGCCCUGCUCAUGGACAAGAUCGGCCGCCUGCGCAUGCUGGCUGGCUCCAGUGUCAUGUCCUGCGUGAGCUGCUUCUUCCUGUCCUUCGGGAACAGCGAGUCUGCCAUGAUUGCGUUGCUCUGCCUCUUUGGGGGGGUCAGCAUUGCCUCCUGGAAUGCGCUCGAUGUGCUCACCGUGGAGCUGUACCCCUCUGACAAGAGGACGACGGCGUUUGGGUUCCUGAACGCGCUGUGCAAGCUGGCGGCUGUGCUGGGCAUCAGCAUCUUCACGUCCUUUGUGGGCAUCACCAAGGCUGUGCCCAUCCUGUUUGCCUCAGCCGCGCUGGCCCUCGGCAGCUCCCUGGCCCUCAAACUGCCCGAGACACGGGGGCAGGUCCUGCAGUGAUGGGGGGCUGGGGGAGAGGGAUCCCCCCUCCCCGGGGCACCCCCAACUCCAGCGUUUCCCCCCCCCUGUGCCCCUGGGAUUAGUCGCGUUAGACACUGUGAAACGUCUUCUUGGAGCAUUUGGGAUCUUUUUCAUUUGCACUUGGACCCCUCUCCCCCCCCGGAUCCCUCUGUACCUCCAAAACCUCCCCAACACCUCAAACUUCCCCCGGCCCCCAAAACUCAGCCCCGACUCCCUGACCCCCCUCAACCUCCAAUACCCCCCUCAGCCCCCCUAUUUCUUUUCUUGGUGUCACCCCCUAUGUGAGUUGCUGCUCAUUCCUGGGGGGCUGUGGGACAGGAUUUAGGGGGGCCCUGGCAUCGAGGGGGGAUGGCACAGGCUCUCUGAACCCACCUAUCUCUGUACAUCCCCCAAAUCCCUGCCAAGCCAAGGAGGAAGAAGAUGAAGUCUUGAGGGGGGGGGGGGCUCUGUGCCUCAGUUUCCCCAUCCCUGUGGAGGGCACCCAGCAGGGUCCUCCAAACCCCCACGGAUUUGGGGGGCAUCAGGGGGAAGCCUUUUGGGCAGCAAGAGCCCUUGGGGUGCCUCAGCAAUGCCCUGGGGAGGCACAGGAUAUUGGGGUGCAGGUCUCUUUGGGGGGUGCAGCAGUUGAGGGUGAAGAAUCCCCUUGGGGCUGCCUGACAAUCUUAGGGUGCCCCCCCUUAAAGCACAUGCCCCCUUCCCCCAGGAUUCCCCCACUUUUGGGUGCCCAACUUUCAGGGUACAAAGCACAGCUUUCCCCAGCCACAGCCCUUGGUCUCAUUUGGGGUGCAGCAGUGGGGGACCCCCAAAACUGCCAGUUAGUGAUUUUUAACUGAUUUUUAAAGGAUUUUCCCUGUUAGAGGGAGGCAGGUGUGGGUGAGGGGGGGUGCAGGAGGCUCCCUGCACCCUCUUUUCCUUCCCCCAGCCCCUUUCCCUCCCUGCAUACCCAUGUCCCCCCCACAUCCCCUUUUAACCCCUCCACCACACUAUUCCCCUGCACCCCCUUUCACCUCCCCCCAGCCCAAAACCACCAGCGGUUUGCAAAGCACAAACAGCCCCUACCCCCAAAAAAUCGGGGUACAAGGGGUCCCCAGUGCUGUGUCCUCCUCAAAAGAAUCUGGGGUUCAAGGGGGUCCCAGUGCUGUGCUCCUCAAACCUGGGGUUUAAGGGGGUCCUCCAUGCUCUGCCCCCCUACCUGAUCAGCCCCAGGGCUGGGCAGGGUUGGUCAGAACCACCCAGGAGCCUCCCUGUCCCUCAGGCAGCCCCCUCCCAUUCCAAGCAGCCCCCGUGUGCUUUGUCCCCUCCUUGAUGUAGCUGGUCCUUGGGGCCCCCCCCGGCCCCCCUGUAGCUCUGUUGUGCCGUGCUGUAGUUUCAGGUGUUUGUAAAUUAAUUAAAAUGGAAAAAACAUC